ACACAGCAGUGUUAGAAAGGUAGAUCCCCGGCAUUCUCUUGGAAUGUCCAGUCAAAAAUUGUAAAAUCCCAAAAUUGAUUAAGGUAGAAAAUCACAUUUAAGCAACUACCCAUUACACGAACAGGCGAUCUACACCCGGAAAGCUUCAAGGCGAAUCAACCCAAAUUCCAUUUCUCUGGUGAAACAUCUCCACAGACGGAGGUGAUCUUCCGUGGCAAAAGUGGGAAUUUGGAGAGAGUCCCAUGUCGUUCUCCUUCUUCAAGGCCUCCAGGCCUAAAACCCCUCAGGAACUCGUGAAGGCGAUCAAGGACAGCCUGAUGGCUCUCGACUCCAAAACCGUUGCUGAAGUUAAAGCCCUUGAAAAGGCUCUGGAAGAAGUUGAAAAAAAUUUUGUAACAAUGAAAUUUAUGCUUUCUGGAGAUGGGGAGACUGAGCCAAACAUGGAACAGGUUUCCCAGCUGACACUUGAGAUCUGUAAAGAGGAUGUUCUUGCUCUUCUAAUUCACAAGUUAUCUAUAUUGGGAUGGGAAGCAAGAAAGGAUUUAGUCCACUGUUGGUCCAUAUUGUUAAGGCAGAUGGUUGACUCCAGAUAUUGUUGUGUUGAAUACAUUGAGAACCAUUUUGAAUUGUUAGACUUCCUUGUUGUGUGUUAUGACAACAAGGAAAUUGCUGUGAAUUGUGGAAAUAUGUUGAGGGAAUGUAUCAGAUUCCAAACUCUAGCAAAAUAUAUAUUGGAGUCUACAAGCUUUGAGUUGUUCUUCAAAUUUGUGGAGCUGCCUAAUUUUGAUGUUGCUUCUGAUGCCUUUUUGACCUUUAAGGAUCUCCUUACGAAACAUGGAAAUGCAGUCGCUGUAUUCCUAACUGCUCAUUAUGAUGAGUUCUUUGAUCAAUAUGAAAAGCUUUUGACCUCUCCCAACUAUGUGACAAGAAGACAAUCUUUAAAGCUUCUCUCGGAAUUUCUUUUGGAGCCUCCAAAUUCCCAUAUAAUGAAGCGCUACAUCUUAGAAGUUCGGUAUUUGAAAGUUAUGAUGACAUUGUUGAAGGAUUCAAGUAAAAAUAUCCAGAUCUCUGCUUUCCACAUUUUCAAGAUAUUUGUCGCUAAUCCAAACAAACCCCGAGAAAUAAAGGUUAUCCUGGCUAAAAACCAUGAGAGAUUGCUGGCAUUGCUUCAGAGUCUGUCUGGUGGCAAAGGAGCUGACGACGAUCAAUUCGAAGAGGAAAAGGAACUGAUCAUCAAGGAAAUUCAAAGAGUGUCUCGUCUACCUAAUCUUGUACACUAGACGCCCCUUCUCUUAGACUCUUGUCUUUCCUUUUGUACUAGAUCUCUAGUCCUUCAGGCUUUGCUUCCUUGCUCAAUAUUUUCAGGGGAAAGAAAAAAAAAAGAAAAGGAUAGAGCAUGUAUUGAAGAAGAUGCAGAAUACUAGUAAGAAACAACAGUUUGGAACACUGGUGGGCACUGUUGGAGCACUAAGGGGGCACCCCUUAGUGCAAGCCUGCCCUUCAUCAGUGAAGGGACUGUGUGAGAUGGGAUUUGGCUACCAUCCAUGGUGGGUGAUGUGGAUUUGCAGUCAUCUUAUGUGUGUCUGAAUAACAAGAAUCACCCAUGUGGAUUUCUUUAAGAUUGCCUUGUUGGCAUUGUCACAUACAUGGCCAUGAGAAAUUAAGAAAGGUGCCCACGUGGCAUAUUCUAAUCUAUAAA